AUGUCAAAUCUCUACAUUCAAGAACCACCAACAAGUGGAAAAGUUGCACUUCAUACAACAGCUGGUGACAUUGACAUUGAACUUUGGUCAAAAGAAGCGCCCAAGGCGGCGCGUAAUUUCAUUCAAUUAUGCUUAGAGGGAUACUAUGCGCGGACCAUUUUUCAUAGGGUAGUUCCACAGUUUAUAAUUCAGGGUGGUGAUCCUACUGGCACUGGAGAAGGUGGCGAAUCUGUUUAUGAUGCACCUUUUCCCGACGAAUUUCACACGCGGCUUCGAUUCGUACGUAGAGGUCUUGUAGCGAUGGCUAACGCAGGGAAAAAUGAUAAUCGAAGUCAAUUUUUUAUCACUUUAAACGCGACAGAAGAAUUGCAAAAUAAGCAUACCAUCUUCGGAAAAGUUGUCGGUGAUACGAUUUUCAACGUGUUGAAAAUCGGUGAACUUGAAGUCGAUGCGGAUGAACGUCCGUUUUAUCCACCGUCAAUCGUGUCCACAGAAGUGCUUGCCAAUCCAUUUGAUGAUAUUAUUCCACGAGUUUCGUUAAGGGAAAAACAGGUUCAAGAGGAAAUAGAAUCUAAAGAACCUGUAAAGAAAAAAAGGACGAAAAAAAAUGUCGCGUUAUUGUCAUUUGGAGAUGAGGCAACUGAAAUUGAUAGCACCAGUGAUCUUAAUCUAAAAAUAAAAAGCAGCCAUGACUUAAUAGAUGAUGAUCCGCGGCUCAGUAAAGAGCUUGCUGUAAACGUGUCUGAAAUAACUCAAAAGGGAACACAAAAAUCGGACAUAUUGGAAACAACAAAGAAAAGGAUUCACGGGAUGAUAGAAGAUAAUGAUGACGAGAGUCCCGAGGAUUUCGACAGAAAAAUGAAGGCAAAUGUUAAACAAAUGGUUGAAAAUAUGCAAAAAGAAUCUACGCCUAAAGACAAAAACCAACAUCUAUCUAAAUCUGAAAUAAUUCGUAAAGAAAUCAAACAAGUUACCCAAGAUAUAAAAAAUUUAAAUAAAUCCAAAGAUGCAGAUGAUAGUUCUCAAGAGGAUCGACCCAAAAAGAAAACGAAAUUGGAAUCGAAUUUCUUGGAAACUGAACGAAGAAGAUAUCUAAAAUCUGGGAAGGCAGCAAUGGCUCAAAGGAAAAAAGGAUCCGAAGAGGAUACAUUGGCGAAGCUCCGAGCAUUUCAACAUAAAAUCGAUACUGCACCACCAGAAAAACCUUUGGUAGAUCAAGAAAAAUUGAAGGAAAAUGAUGAUGAACCGUGUACUUUACAUUCAGUGCCAAAUUGUCAGUCAUGUCGUGAUACAUUUGGUCAAUCGCAGAAUGACUUGACGGAUGAAGGAUGGUUAUCUCAUCAAUUGGUGUUUGAAAAAGAUCACAGAGGCAAAGAUCUCAUGCAACGAAGAGAUGAUCCAGAUGAUUUUAUUGUAAUUGAUCCUUUAGCGCGUAAACAACAGGCAUUCGAAGAAGAAAAAAAGAAACGUGCACAAAAGAGUGGAAGAAUAAGUGAAGUAUUCACACAAAAUAACAGCAGCAGUUAUCAGAGAGAACGCGAACCGAAUCUAGGCGGGACCGAGAUAGUUACAAAAGUUCAAGGCGGAGAUAACCUUUUAAGUUAG